AUGAGUUUGGAUAUAACAUCUAUGUACCCUUCUAUUACUAAAGAUAUGAUUUUGAGCAGUUUACUGAAGGAAAAGAACUUUUAUCGACAAACAGAAGGUAUUUCGAUGGGCUCCGUAAUAGGACCGAAAUUAGCAGAAAUUUAUAUGCUGGAUGUGGACAUGAUUCUUUCAACAUUAAAUGGAGUUAUGUUUUUUGCAAGAUUCCCGGUGACGAAUUAUCUUUUCUUUUCACAGGUAUACUUAAGCACAAGGAGAGGAUGCUGGAUAAUACACAGAGUUGGAACCAAUGGAUUACCUUUCGAUUCUCUGUACUUAUGUCGUUUCUGGAAUCUACUUUACCAUAUUGUUCCAUUUCAAAUCAGCAAUUCUGUGAUAGAAUACGUGAUAAAUAAUCGCUUCGAUCACGAUUUAUAUCAAUUAAAACCCAAACACCGGAUACUUUCCCAACAUCCCAUGGUAAACGAUGCUCUACCCAAUCGUAUAUUAAGUGGAACCGUGGUGAUUAAAGGGCCAAUUAAACGCUUCGUUAGAAACGGGGUCAUCUUCGAAGGGGAUGAUUUCGUCACGGAAGUAGACGAAGUCGUUCUAGCUACCGGCUACGUCAUCAAAUUCCCAUUUCUUUCCGAAGAUAUCGUAUCCGUUAAGGAUAAUAAAGUAGAGUUGUAUAAAUACGUGAUACCACCCCAGCUUAAACACAGGACACUAGGAGUGAUCGGAUUGAUACAGAUCGUCGGGGGUCUGUUUCCGAUUUCGGAGAUCCAAGCCAGAUGGUUUGUUAAAGCUAUAAAAGACGAGGUAGAUCUACCUUCUACGCAAGGAAUGUACGACGAAAUCAAACGAAAUUCCGAAAUUAUGAGGAAACAAUACUUCGAUGGACCGCGACACACCAUACAAGUAGAUUACGUGGAUUACUUGGACGAUUUGUCUUCCAUGAUGGGAGCCAAACCGAAUAUGUUGAAUAUGUUUUUCACGGAUUUCCCACUAUUUUGGGCAUGUUUUAUGGGACCGAAUCUUCCGUAUCAGUAUCGUUUGCGAGGGCCACACUCGUGGGAAAAUGCGCGACAUACUAUACUUCGUUAUAGAGAGAGGGUAGAUGCUGCAUUCAAGACACGUUAUUUCCCUCCAGAAACUACAAUACAGAAAGGUAUACUGAGAUAUAUUUUUGGGUCUUUCAUGACUUUUAUCUUCGCUCUUUUGUUUGUUACUGUAACAUUUUAACUAAGAGAUAUCGAAGCAUUG